UAAAGUUGUAGAAUGGUAUGAAACCCUGUCGUAAAAUCAUUCUUAGCUGGAAUGUGAAAUGUGUGGAAACAGAGGAAGAUAUCGCCACUGUAGAUGUUCUGUUUUGUACAGAGUCUGCAGUGUUUUACCUCAGGAGAAAGCGUCGGAUCUCUGUGAUUGGAUUGGACACGACUUGACUGAUGUUUGUGCAGGAGGAAAUGUUUUACCAGGAGAGAUCAGAUCAAUAGUUUGUUGCUGGCUGGGAGAGAUGUGAGGAGAUGUUCCCCUUAUUUAUCCACGAACAACGAAGAAAGAAGUGGGGGCGUGAUUAUAAACUUUGGAAUAUACACAUGAAACGGAAUUGUGUUAUUAGCAAAAACGAACGGAAGUCUACAAAUUUUGGAACGGUUUUAAUUUUACUAUUUUCAGCCUGACCGUAGUUUCUACGAAUUAUGGUUAUUGUCAUCGCAUUACACCACGUUAGAAGGACUCAGAUUUCAUCUUUAUUUGCAAAAACGUAAGUCAUAAUACAAUUCUGUUACAAAUGCUGUUUUAUUCAUUUAUUGGUUUCACCGAGAGUCCAUAUUAAAAGGACAUUUAUUUGCAUAGGAGACCCGAUGACAUCCGAUUAAACACGUUAUUCUUACAGAAAUGUUAUUACCUGUGGUAGUUUUCAAAGACUGUCACUUAAUCACAUCGCUGUAUUAAUGCUUGUCAGUAACCAAUAUACCAACCAUGUCAUAACCAGACUGCUCCUGUUUACUUUAUUUAAAUGUUGCAGUGAGUCGACUACAGACAGUAGUUGUGCAUAUUAUCAUCGUUAUAAUCCUAAACAUCGGUGAUACACCUAGAAGAUAUUCACAGUAAAAUCGCUGUAGAGGUUUAUAAAUGGACAUUUACUUGGCGAUGUAGCUAAUCUAGGAUCAGAAAAAAACCAAAACAACUGUUUUGCGCAUCAUCAUGAUGGCUCCGUGCUGUAUGGGGAGGGCGGCAAUUUUGUUUUCACUUUUGGCACUGGGAGCUGCCUUUUCAGGAGUUUUCAAUUCUUCAUACAAGGAUGUAUUUACUGACUAUCUGGAUCAGUCACAACAACAAAAACUGAUUGACUAUAAUACAAACACACAACAGACCAGUGAUGUUUUAAACUUGCAUCCAAAUUUAUUUUUUGACGCAGGAGAAAUACAAGGCUUAAGGCACAAAUCUAGCACUACCCACAUACACAUUUUUAAAAUUAUCAGGAAUGCAGUGAUGACCAUGCUUUCCACGCCACAGCUGUAUCUUCCUCCAAUAAAGCAUGAAGACUUCAGUGCAAAGUGGAAUGAAAUAUAUGGGAACAAUUUGCCACCUCUUGCUUUUUAUUGCCUUCUUUGCCCAGAGGACACUGCUGCUUUUCAAUUUGCUAUGGAAUUUAUGGACAGAAUGGCAGCAUAUCCAGACUGGGGGGUCACUACUGCACCAAAUGAUGAGGUACCCAUCGCUCACUCUUUAACUGGAUUUGCAACAGCUUUUGAUUUUCUUUACGUCUCACUGAGCACUAGCCGUAAAGACAAGUAUCUAAAGAAAAUCAGGGCUGUAACGAAAGAGAUUUAUGAGUUUUCCAAAAUCCGAGGUUGGGGGAAACAGUUAUUGCAAAAUCACCAAGCCACCAAUAUUCUAGCAAUACUUACUGGUGCGUUAGUGACUGGAGUCCAUGAUGAUCCAGAGACAAUGAUUUGGAAACAAGUUGCUGUCAACUGUAUGGAAAAAACAAUGUUUCUGCUAAAUCAUGUUGUAGAUGGUUCUUUGGAUGAAGGGGUGGCCUAUGGUAGCUACACAGCAAAAUCAAUUACUCAGUAUGUAUUUCUAGCAAAGCGCCACUUUAGUAUAGACAACACAGAGAACAACUGGCUAAAACAACAUUUCUGGUUUUAUUAUGCCACCCUGCUGCCUGGAUUUCAAAGGACCAUUGGCAUAGCUGACUCUAACUACAACUGGUUUUAUGGUCCUGAAAGCCAGUUGGUUUUCUUGGACAGCUUUGUACUAAAAAAUGGUACUGGAAACUGGCUGGCACAGCAGAUCAGAAAGCAUCGACCUAAAGAUGGACCCAUGGGAGAGUCAUCAUCACACAGAUUAACCACUCUUCAUACUGAGUAUAUCUGGUACAAUGCACAGCUAACCCCACAGCACCCCUAUGGCUUUGGGACUUCUAAAAUGCAUAUUUUCUCUAACUGGGGGGUUGUAACUUAUGGAGCUGGAAUGCCAAAUGGUCAGGGGAAUACUUUUGUGUCUUUUAAGUCUGGAAAACUAGGAGGCCGUGCAAUCUAUGAUAUAGUUCACUUUAAACCAUAUUCAUGGAUUGAUGGAUGGAAAAGCUUUAACCCAGGACAUGAGCAACCAGAUCAAAAUUCAUUUACAUUUGCCCCCAAUGGCCAAGUUUUUGUAUCCGAGGCUCUUUAUGGACCAAAAUAUAGCUAUUUAAACAAUGUGUUACUGUUUGCCCCGUCCCCUACAAGCCAGUGCAAUGAGCCAUGGGAGGGGCAGCUUGGGGAGUGUGAAAAGUGGCUCAGAUGGAUGGAUGAUGAAGUUGGAGAGACAGCUGGAGAGGUUAUUGCAGCUUCUCACCACAAAGACAUGAUGUUUGUAAGUGGUGAAGCGGUAUCUGCAUACUCCUCAGCAAUGAAAUUAAAAAGUGUCUAUCGUGCUCUGCUUCUUCUAAACUCCCAGACACUACUCGUUGUAGAUCACAUUGAGAGGCAGAAGGAUUCUCCAGUUAACUUGGUCAGUGCCUUCUUUCAUAAUCUUGAUAUUGAUUUUAAAUAUGUUCCCUAUAGGUUUAUAGACAGAUACAACGGUGCCCUAAUGGAUGUAUGGGAUGCUCACUACAAAAUGUUUUGGUUUGAUCAUCAUGGCAAGAGCCCUGUUGCUAGGAUACAAGAAGCUGAGCAGGCUGCAGAAUUUAAGACGCGAUGGACUCAAUUUGUUAAUAUAACAUUUCAAAUGGAUAGCACAGUUACAAGAAUGGCCUAUAUAUUCCAUGGGCCUUAUGUUAAAUUAUCAAAUUGUAGAUUUAUUGAUGACAGCAAACAAGGGCUGAGGUUGGCUGUGAACAUUAACAAUACUGAGAAAAUUGUGUCAAUUGUGACAAACUAUCAAGACAUUAGCGCACGAUUAAGUUACCUUGGAUUUGGUGGUUAUGCCCAAGUAGAAGACAUACAUCAUGUUACAAGAUUUGGUUUAGGGACAGAUGUUGUGCUAAAGCAAAACACAGUUAAUACAACUACAUUCAAUUUUGGGUUUACAGUGAAUUUAAUUGCAGGAGUGAUCUUGUGUGUUGCCAUUGGAUUUAUGGCCUUACAACGUAAGUUUUAUAGUUGCUUCAGUAAAUUUUUUCGUUGUGCUCUAAUUACAGUUAUUAUCCUGUGGAUUACAGAACUGUUGUUUGUAUCAAAUAAUUGUAACCAACCCCUCUGUGGAGUGAAGUGGAUAAGGGCCUCAACAGAUACUGAUGCAAAGCAGUCUUAUUCACAGUUUUUCUAUUUGCCAACUGUUGUAAUUACAUCACUUCCUGGUUCUGGAGCAGAAAUUUUAAAGCAACUGUUUUACAACAGCUCUGAUUUUAUUUAUAUAAGAAUCCCUACUGAGCAUCUGGACAUUCCUGAGACAGAAUUUGAAUUUGACUCAUUUGUAGAUGCUUGUGAGUGGACAAAAUCUGAUGUUAAGAGUGGCCAUUUUAAAAUGAUACAGGGUUGGUUUCAUUCUAUUGUCCAUAACACAAAACUGCACCUGCAAAAUAUUCAGUUGAACGAGGUAAGCGGAAGUAGACUUUCUCAGAGAACCGCUGUUGUCAAAGAUAAGAGAAAAAAGAUAAGAAGAAAGGAGCCUUUGCUUGAACACAAAAGCAGGGGAAAAAGAAGCCUGGACAGGGAUGCUGAAUAUAUCAGAGAGCUGAGAAGGCAUCUUUCUGCUCAUCAAAGUGCGCGUGUUGUAGUUAGUUUAAGUAGUGGAAGCUGGACUUUAAAGCUUCCUUUUAUUCAGGAAGUUAUAGGACCCUCUACAAAGGCCUUAUAUGUUGUAAGAGACCCCCGUGCAUGGAUUUAUUUAAUGCUGUAUAACAGCAAACCCAGUCUUUAUUCUUUAAGAAAUAUUCCCCAACAUUUAUCUAUGGCCUUUAAAGAGGAAGACAACAAUGAAAAAUGCAAUUCUAAUUCAAGAUAUGCUCCUGAAUAUGAGUCGUUGCGCAGACUGCUAUCAGGCUCAGAAUCAAAUGCGGUUUCUUUGUUAGCUCACUUGUGGCUCGCUAACACAGCUGCAUCUCUUAGAAUAAACCAGGAUUUAUCAACCAUGAAUUAUCUCCUUUUAAAGUUUGAAGAUAUUGUUCAGUUUCCACAAGAAACAGCAGAGGCGAUUCAUGUUUUUCUGGGUAUCCCUUUAGCUCCUGCUCGUUUAAAUGAAAUCAUUUUUGCUACUUCAACAAACUUGUUCAACCUCCCAUAUGAAGGGGACAUAUCACCCACUAACAUAAACAUUUGGAAACAAAACAUGCGCAGAAAGGAUAUCAGAGUAAUUGAAGACAUAUGUUGGUCUGUUAUGAAUCAGUUGGGGUAUUCAAAGUUUACCAAUUAAAUGCUGCAGGUCAGCUGUCUUUUGCACUAAUAAACUUAAUUUAAGUAAAAUACAUCUAUAACCACUUGUUAAAGUGGAAUGGGAUAACAAACUUUUACUGAUGCUGAAAAACAGUUUGUUGGGUUCAUGUUUACUGUAUGUUAGUUGAUUAACUCCUGAUGUAAAGCAGUGUAUUGUGUAAGGGACAAGGUAAUAUUUUAUAUAAAAAUAAGAUUGGUUUUGGCAUAGGUUAGUCAUCUUAUUUAUGUCUUAAAGAGGGAAUAUGUUAAUAUGGUGCAUAUGGUUUUAAGUUUUAAUAACAUUAUUUUUAUUGUAAAGUUGGAAUGUGGUGUAAAAUGAUGCAUUUUUUAAAAGAUAUUUUAACAAGUGGUCAGAAAAUCAUAGCAGAGUAUCUAUAAAAAUGUUUGUAUGUGUUUUAGGGUCUGGUUACUGGUUAUUCUUUUACUUUGAAUAUUUUGGUAUUUAAUUUUAUUUUUUUUACAUUAUUCAGGGUAUGCAAAUAUUUCAAAUUAAACACUAGAUAUUAAACAUGUUGCAUCCCUGUACCUUUACUUUAGGUCACAUGGUCUGAAUUCUGCUAGACAGUAGGAGUGAGUUUGAACUACAAUAUAUGAAGCAAUUAGGUUCCACAGCAGCAACAUUUUAUCUAUAGCGUUGGCUUUGAAAUAUUUGCAUAUUCCUAAGCAAAAAAAGCAAAAUGUCUUGACGGGACCAGUGACACUUUUGCAGGGGUUGUCAACGUUUUUUGAAUCUGGACACACCUUCCAUACAAUAGCGAGAGUUAUAAAUCGCAUUAUCAGAAAUCAACCAAUCACAGUGAAGUAUUCACACAAAUUCCAUUACAUCUGAUACUGUGUACAGAUGUCAUUCCAAUAAUCUAAACAAAACAAAAAGACUUUUGUUUCUCAGAAGAAAAUAUUAUCAACAUUGUUAUAAUCUUAAAAACACAUGUUUCUCCAGCUUCACUUUUCAAUAGUCUCACCACAACACAGCACCUGUAGGCCUACACACAUUAUUCAGAGACUGUGACAGUUGAUUUUGGACUGAACCAUUAUUCAAAGGCUGUGGCAGUGAUUUGGACUGAACCAUUUCACCCCAGGGAAGGGGGAUAAAAGUUAUGUUUUACAAAAAUAAAACUAUUUUUUAUUUUAAAGCUA